AUGCUGAGGUGGACGUCGCUUCUGCUUCUGGCGGCGGUGGCCGCGAACCGCGUCACGGGUGCCCCGACGACGCAGGCGGUGUCGCCACUGAAUGGAAGAAUAGUUAACGGCGAGCCAGCUGAACGAGGCGAAUUCACGUCACAGCUGUCCCUGCAGAAAAACGGCGCCCACUGGUGCGGUGCGUCCAUCAUCGGCGACUACUGGGCCAUCACUGCAGCUCACUGUGUGGACUCUGUUGGCAGCUACGACGUUUUGGAGGUGCGAGCGGGCGUCACCAAUCUGAAGGAGGAAGGAUCACUGCACGCGGUUGACGUCAUCACCGUUCAUCCACAGUACGAUCCGUCUGACUCUUGGGUCAACGAUAUUGCCUUACUUAAAGUAUCACCAGCCUUUCCAAUUGAUGGGGUCACGGUGGCGCCAGUACAGCUACCAGCGCAGGGGGAGGAGGUUCCAGAUGGCGCCAACGUCACAGUGAUCGGAUGGGGAAAUCUCUGGGGUGAUUCCGGCGGUCCAGUGCUGCACGGGGGCGUGCUGCAGGGUCUGACGUCAUGGGGGUACGAGUGCGCCACGCCGCCCUAG